UCCCAUGACAGCGGACGCUUAGGAACGAGAGGCGACGCAUGCGCAGAUGCCAAAGCGCGAUGGCUUGUGGGUAAGAGGGUUGCCUGGCGCUGAGGAAGGCUGUAGCCAGGCGCUUGUUUAGAAAGUGGUCGGUGCAAGUUGUGGAGGACGGAGGGUCCGGUUUUCAGCUUGUCAGCGAGAUGGAUCCUGCGGUUAUUGGGCGCACUCAGGAAACACUGGGGAAAGUGAUUCGGAAACCCCCUCUGACUGAGAAACUACUGGGGAAGCCUCCAUUCCGCUAUCUGCAUGAUAUCCUGUCUGAGGUGAUCAGGACAACUGGGUUCUUUAAGGGACUGUAUAAAGACUCAGAACUUAAAUCGGAUAAUGUAAAGGAAAAAGAUGCCAAGAUCAACUUUUUGCAAAAGGCCAUUGAUGUUAUUACAAUUGUAACUGGAGAGCCACUGACCGUUAAACCCGCUCGAAUUGUGGCUGGGCAUGAACCAGAGAAAACGAAUGAACUGCUUCAAGCCAUAGGAAAGUGCUGCUUGGAGAAGCUGUCUAGUGAGGAAGCAGUUAGAAGAGUUUUGGCGGGGGAAAAGCCUGACUCAAGGGGGAAGUCAACUUCCAAAUCUCAGGACAAAGUUAGUAGAGAAGCCAAAGAAGAGGAUCGAAAGAGGACUAGACAGGACAAAAGGGAAUCCGAAAAUAGGGAGGGGAGUGGCAGUAGGGAAAGGAGAGAAAAAAAUCAUGUUAAAGAAGAGGAAAAGAAAAAUGUAGAGCAAGAGAGGGAGCAGAAGAAAGAGAGUGAGAAAAAUCGAGUGGGAGACGAAGAGAGAAAUGGCUUGAGAGAAGGAGAGAAAAUCGAUAAAGAAAAGAAUAGAGCAAGAGAUUCCAGGUUGGAAACAGAGAGAGACAAAAUUAAGGAGAAAGCCAGAGACCCAAAAAGCGAUAGGAGCCGGAGGAAGCAGAAGGACAGAAUCCAAGAAAAAGGAUUAGACAGAGAACACGAAAAAGAGCGCAGUAAAGAGAGGGAACCAGAAAGGGAUAAAAGAAAAGAGCGAAUGAGAGAGGAUGAAGCACAAAGGGAAAGAGAUGAAGAAAAAACCAGGAAGCAGGAAAGAACAAUGCGUAAGUCUAAAGGAUCAGAUAAUUCACCAAAGAGGGCAUUAGAGGACCCUGUGAAAGAAAACAAAUCUGUAACCGAUAAAGAGAAGCUUUCAAAUGCCAUUAAGUCAGAACGACCUUCUGCUUCAAAAUUACGGGAGAGGCGUCCAGCAAGGAUUAAUAUGGAAGGAGAGUCAGGCAGUGAAGAAGAAAAAGAAUCCUCAGAACUCCCAGCUACUGAUUUUAAGGACAAUCCAGAUGGUCAGUCACCAAAUUUCACUCAGAGGCCAAUCCCUCGCCCAGGCAGUGCUCGUCCAGCACCCCCUCGAGUCAGACGACAAGCAAGUGCAGAUGUUCCUGUUCCAGAGAGGGUCAACAGUGGAAAAGGGGUCGCUAAUGUUAUUGUUGAUAAAGAAAAGGAGGAUGAUGAUGAGUUUGUUGUUGAGGAAGCUCCACUUCAGUUGCCAGAUAUGCCUGAAAUGGAACUGGGUCAAAGAGUGGAACUGCAAGAAGAUGAAAAACAUGGUGCCCUUGUCAACAAAAUCUUAGAAACCAAGAAAGACUAUGAGACUCAAGCAGAUACAGAAAAUAAGGAAAAGCUAUUGCUAUCUGAUGCUGGGAAGAAAAAAGAGAAGGAUAUGGUGACAAGGGAGAUUGAGAAGCUCCGUAGUUCUAUUCAGACACUGUGCCGAAGUGCCCUACCCUUGGGCAAGAUCAUGGACUACCUUCAGGAGGAUGUGGACACAAUGCAGAAUGAGCUGCAGAUAUGGAGACGCGAGAACAAUCAGCAUGCCAAAGCGUUGCUCCAGGAGCAGAGUGUCACUGAGACAGCUGUGGAGCCCCUGAAGGCAGAGCUAGCAGAGCUUGAGCAACUGAUCAAAGAGCAGCAGGACAAAAUAUGCACCAUGAAAUCCAACAUUCUGUGUAACGAGGAGAAGAUCCAGAAGAUGGUGCUGAGAAUUAACGCGUAGCAUCUAGGGUGGAGUGAAAUGAUAACACCUACUAGGAUUUUCUUCACUGCUUCCCAUGCCAAGUGGAAGAAAGUUCAGCUGAUCUGUUGUGCUCUGGUUACUGAUGCAUUGUUUCUCUCUUUAUAAAUCUAUCUCAGGAGUUCCCUCUUCUGCACACCUGCCAUGUUCUUUACCUACUGAAUGCUGUAAGGCUUGGCAAUUGCAGAGGAGACUACUUCUGCUCUUUAUUCAAAGCCAUAUGCUUUUGGUGAGAUUAGGAGAAGUUGUAUCAAUGUUGUAUGUUUACAUAUGUGUAAUAUACUAUAAAAAACAAGGGAAAAUGUCGUGCUCACCACUAAUUUUUCAAAACAUUAAGCAGGGGUGCAAUGAGGCUGUGACCACAAAAUUCAUACAGACAUACAAGAGGUCCUCUGCACUCAAUCCAAAGCAGCAAAGUACGUUGCUGGUAAAACUUAGUCCCUGUGUAAAAUGUAUAAUGCAGCAAUUGAAGUGUUAAAGAAUGAGAUGAAAUAUGAGUGAAGGACUGGCCAUACCUGGAUGACUUCUUUAACUUACUUGCUGCUUUCAAAGUUAAAACUCCCAAACAUGGUUGCCCUUUUAUUAUAACUAAAGGGAACCAUGUUUGGGAGUUUUAACUUUAAAACAAUCCCUAUUUUGUUUAAAGGGUAAAGCAUUUCUAAGUAGCUCAAGUGUGUGUGCGCUCUCUCUCUGUCUCUCUCUCUCUCAAUUUAUAUAUAGUGCACAUGUGUCUCUUCUUUAAAUGCCAUCUGCAUUCAGCAUUUGAUCAUUCAUUGGACUCUCUUCUUUCACAAUGCAGAAAACAAUCAAGCACUUUGUUAAUCUAAACUGCACUAACAGAGUGAAAGCUCUUCACAUUUUAUAAAUUGUCUAUGUCUGCUUUCCAGAUCCCACAGUAGCUGCAGCGUCUCUGCUUUCAUUGACUCUGAUUCUACUGAAGGAUCUCAGUAUGUGUAUUUUUGCAGAGCAUGCAGCUCUUCUAAUGUAAAACCUCCCAUACUGCACUGUGGCUUAGACAGUUAUUAGACUUCAACAUUUAUAUAUUGUUUUAUAUGUUAUUUAUAUGCACAGAAAUUACACACUAUGUAUUUUGUAAAACUUAAAAUAUUCUGUCAAA